AUGGCAGAGCCGAAUGAUGGCAACAUAUCAUCUGACAGUCGGCAAAGGGUCAAAAGAAAGCGGGCAAGUAGAUCUCCUGAAGGGGCACCUGCAGAAUCAGGCACAACUAGCGGCAUUCCUUGCGGGGCCUGCAAGUUCUUGAGGAGGAAGUGUGUCAACGGGUGCAUUUUCACCCCCCACUUUACCACAGAACAAGGUGCCGCGCUGUUUGCUGCAGUGCAUAAGGUAUUUGGAGCCAGCAAUGUGUCAAAACUCUUGAUGCACCUUCCAUUGCAGCACCGACACCAUGCCGUUGAGACCAUAUCAUAUGAAGCUCAGGCUAGGUUGUCUGACCCUGUUUACGGUUGUGUGUCGACUAUCAUUGCUUUGCAACAACAGGUAUUAGCUUUACAGAUGGAGCUAGCAAUGGUGCAGAACCAGCUGAUAAACAAGAGACUUACAGUGGCAAACACAUUCCAGAGUACAUCACAGCAACCAGAGACAGUGAGCCACCUUGAAAUACAGCCAAUGUAUUUGAAUGACUCAUCUGCUUCAAAUAACAACAUAAUUAAAAUGGACUCCUAUGAUUCUAGUCUGCAAAAUUUUGCAAGUGACCACCAGUGUUUGGUUCAUUCACAGCCGAGCAUUGAUCCUCUUCAACUUUCUCAAUUUUGUCAGAGAGACCAGGAAGAAAACGAGGACCCUUUAGCAUUUGUGGAUCAGAUGCUUCAAGCUAUAUGACGUCCAUAGUUCUAAUAAUUAAAGAUGCAAUGUUUUCAGCAU